GAGCACGGUGGCGAGAGUAAACAUGGCGGCGCCCAUGUCUCAAUAGAUGCGGUGCACUUUCUCAUCGGGAACCGAUGUCGUUCAAAACAUUUUCUGCGAGUUGUUCCUCGCCCCGAAAAAUCCGGAGACUCGCACCGAAGACCUGAGGAAUGGCCUAUCACGGACGGUGGCUACAAAAAUGCCUCAAUUACAAGCCUGUGCGGGCGUGGUUUGCCGGAGUUGGGACGACAAGAUUCAUACUGCUUGCUCUACUCGCCUUAGUCAUCGUGUCGCUAUUUAUGCAUUAUUAUAUUUCAAAGUUUGUGGGCACAGUGGAUACAGCGACAGACCUGCAGAGGCGCAUCCAACUUGACGAUAUUCAUGUUUUAGAGGAUCUAAAGCUGAGGAUUGAAGAAUUCCUUCGGAUCAAAUUGUCCGUGAGCAGCGAGCUUCGAGACCUGGAAAAGAAGCGACAAAGACUGCAGGCUGAAAUUUUCACCUUGACUCAAAGUGUCGAAGAAUCAAAGCGUGGCUACACAAAAAACCGCCUCGAACUAGACCGCAUCAAGCUUUCCUUGAAACAAGCCGCCUAUGCGCGAGAAGAGCUGGAAAACCGAAACAUACCUCUUCUUCGGCCACCUCUGAAGCUUCUGACUGGAGAAGAUGCGCGUCAACUGUACCUGCCAACACCAGAGCCACCAGAGUGCCAGAUGCAUUCAUGCUUUGACUACUCGCGCUGCUCCCUCACAUCUGGCUUUCCUGUUUAUUUCUAUCCUACUGAUGACUCGGUCCUGGAGUUGAAUGUGCGUGAAUCCCUUGCCCAAAUACUUGACACUAAUGUUCACACCACAUUUGAUCCCAGUGCUGCAUGUGUUCAUGUGGUCAUACUCGGUGGCCACUUGCCAUCGUGGUCAGCGGCAAGUUACCUUCGGCAGCUGGCUCAUUGGAAUGGCAGCGGGCGCAAUCACAUUGUAAUCAACCUGGGCAGCACCACCGUUCUCAACGAAAAGCACGUGCAGCGAGCCAUCGUGGUGCAGUCAUCUGCAGGGUCGGUGACUUUCAGGCGAAAAUUUGAUAUCACAAUAACACCACCACCUUUGGGCAAGGAACUAGCACACCCAUGGGAGUCGGCUCCGGUGAUAUUGCCCGCACGUCGGCGCUACCUUCUGAGCUUCCAAGGAAGGCUCGCACAUGACACCAACAUCACCCUAGCAGCCCGCGCAAAUGAGAUGAUUGUCAACGUUCUCAGAAAAAUGUUGCAGGGCUUCGACAAUGAGUUAAACUUCACUUUCGGCUGCUUGGCAGCUGAAAAUGCAUCUUCUGUGCCAAACGAUUGGCUGCUGUGUGGAGACCACUUUAGUCGUGCCCAGCUGCUGCGAGAGUCGACAUUCUCAAUUGUCUUCGCCCCUCCUACUGACUAUGUGUCGACGGCCACAUUCCUGGUGCGCAUUCGCGAAAGUCUGCAAAACGGGGCCAUCCCUGUUAUUCUUGGUGGCGAUGCAGUCGAGCUGCCAUUCUCUGAGUUUGUUGACUGGUCACGCGCAGCGCUCUUGCUGCCACUGGCUCGGGUCACUGAAGUCCACUUUAUCCUGCGGACCUACUUGGACGCUGACAUCGUGGAGCUACGGCGCCGUGGCCGCCUGCUUUGGGAAAAUUAUCUGUCAACGACGUCUCGCAUGAUCAACACGGUGCUUUCUCUCAUCCGCACGCGGCUUGGGAUUCCUGCUCCACCAUCGCAUGAGGAGCCAUCGCCAAGUGUGUUUAACAGCACUUUUCACCCACUCACCAUUGAAGCUGCACCCAACACGGAGACGGAUGAGAUGCUAGGUCCCAUUGAACCACCAUUUCCCUCACUGACAUACCAGAGGAACUUCAGCAUCACCCUGAAUGACCAGGCAAAAGUGUGGAACGAAGAUUUCGACCCACACACUAUGUACCCAUAUGGGGUUCAAGAGCCUAUUCUCCCCUCCGAGGCAAAGUUCAUGGGCUCUAGUUUCGGCUUCAGGCCGGUUGCUCAAGGCGCUGGUGGCUCUGGAAAGGAGUUUGGUGAAGUUCUUGGUGGAAAUGUUCCCAGGGAGCAGUUCACAGUGGUGAUGCUAACGUAUGAGCGAGAGGCAGUGCUGAUUGACUCGCUUCAGCGACUGCACAGCCUUCCCCACCUGAACAAAGUCAUUGUCGUGUGGAACAGUUUGAAGCCACCAUCUUCUGACCUGCGCUGGCCGGAUAUCGGUGUUCCCAUUGAGGUGGUACGCGCAAAGAAGAAUAGCCUCAACAACCGCUUCCUGCCAUUUUCCUCUAUCGAGACGGAAGCCGUGCUCUCUGUUGAUGAUGACACACAUCUCCGUCAUGAUGAAAUAGUGUUUGGGUUCAGGGUUUGGCGUGAAGCCAGAGACCGCAUUGUGGGCUUUCCGGGUCGCUACCAUGCAUGGGACAUCAACCACAAAUCGUGGUACUACAACAGCAAUUACUCCUGCGAGCUGUCCAUGGUGCUCAUGGGAGCUGCUUUCUUCCACAAGUACUACUCGUACGUGUACACCUACGUGAUGCCCCAAGCCAUCCGAGACAAGGUGGACGAGUACAUGAACUGCGAGGAUAUCGCCAUGAACUUCCUAGUCUCACACAUCACCCGGAAACCACCCCUCAAGGUCACAACGCGGUGGACGUUCCGGUGCCCGGGUUGCACGGUGUCGCUGUCAGCUGACGACUCGCACUUCCACGAGCGAGACACCUGCCUCAACUUCUUUGUCAAGGUGUAUGGCUAUAUGCCUCUGCUGUACACCCAGUUCAGGCUUGACUCCAUUCUGUUCAAGACCCGCAUACCACACGACCGGCAAAAGUGUUUCAAGUUCAUCUGAGGUUCGCUCAUCAGUCAUCUGUGCACACGGGUAUUUACUGCAGCUGAUAGCAGAUGCAGACUUGCCACUUAGACAAGGACAUAGACGACGGGCAGCGCCGGCCCCAAGACAGCGGCAUUGUUGCUGGCAGUUUCGCUCAUAGGUCAUGACUGCACCAGCAUUUCUGCCCACGACUCACUUCUGAAACCAUUCUGUUUUACCGGGAACUGUGAGCGACCUUUGCAAAUUUCCACGACGAUACCGUAUAGACUCGUGUGAGGGCCUCACCCCCAACUUGGCAGCCCAAAAUUUGGAAAAAAAUAAUUCCACCGGAGAAGCAAUAGCGUUCGGUGCCCCUAUGCCAUGCGCUGCACACUUUCACGUGCCCCUACUAGACGGCGAGAGCUGCGCGUUGACCUCUGAUGCAGUGGUACAUUCGUCUGGGAUCCAGGGUGUCCAGUAGUCACCAGCUGCACCCGCACCAUAUUAACCAAAGGUUUGGUCUCGCGUAAGGGCCGCACUUUGUCAAAAUUGUGAAAAUAGAGUGCGGCCCUUAUACAAGUCUAUACGGUAAUCCUGUGGCCUGAAAAGCCCCCACCCCGCCCCCCCCCUCCCCCAUUCAUGCCUCCCAGGAGUGUUUUGCUGCCUUGCCUGUGCACCACAACCAGCGGCCUCCUCUUCCACUCCAGGAUUGAUUGACACCUACGUGGUCCUCCUCCUUGUCUCCAGGUGGCGCUGGCACCAACAGCAUCAGUCACCGCACUCCAGCCAUGGUCAGAUAACAAUGUCUAGAGUAGCCCUACGUUUAUGAGCCAGUCGAAUCUUGUUAUAACGGUGUCGCUUCCGGCAUGAAAGUACCUUUGGUAUAUCUGAUGUAUGUUAUAAGCAAUACGCACUGAUAUAGGCAGGGAACAUGAGCAAAUUUUAGAUUUACUCUGUUAUAUCUGAUAAUUUGCUAUAUAUGUGUUCAUUAUGUCAAGGUUCAGCCGUAUGCUAAAUGUGACGCCUUACGAAACGUGCCACAGAAGACGAAAUGGUACAGCAACAGGUGAAUCGCGCCGAGGCAGACCAGCUAGCGCUACUACAGGCCAAGCAAAGCGAAACGGCAGAGGUUUUCCAUCGUGUAAUUGGCGUUGUUUCCUUGAGUGCACAUAGUCGCCCAAGACCACUUUCCAAGAUCUUGGAUAUCAGUCAAUGAAGCCUCGGAGAAAUCUCUACCAAUAUAUAUUUCUUUUGGCCUGUGGUACUGGGGGUUCCCUCUGAAGCAUGCCAUUAUCAGAAAGACAUUACUACUGCUCUAGCUGCAGGCGCCCGUUGCACACUGAGUGCGAAAGACACUUUCUACGGAGCCUACAUUAGAAAUGAUGCAAAAUGUGAAUGCACCAUUCCAAAAAAGUUAAAGAAAGACACUCCUUAAAAUACAGUCAAACCUUGAUUUAACAAAUGUAUUAAUUCUCCCAGGACACUUCUGUGGAAGAUUGCAUUUUGCACUUAUUCAUUUAGUAGACUGAUAUUGCAUUGUAGUUUGAAUCAUGAAACCUUCUCACUUUGCGAGUGUGCUUUGGCAGCUUUCACAUGAAGAAGCACAAUGCAUAAGCAAUGAACAAACAUCAGGCUAUUUGCUGGUGUAGCACGUUGUUGGUCUUCAUGCAGCUACUCGUUUCAUGGUGGAGUGUGAAAACUGUCCAGGAAUGUGAAAGCAGAAUGUGUGCAAGUUAUUGUAAGCUGAUAGUCGCAGCCAAUUUUAUCAAUGCCUGGUUGCGCUCUGUUACCCUCAUAAUGACUAUGAUAUCAUGACUGCAUAGCAAGCAUGACAUGGUGACCAUUUUACAGCGAGUCUGUUAAGAGGACUUCCACAACUGCUUUCGUGUGUUGACACGGUGCAGCAGCGUGCUCAGUAUGAAAUCUCAAAGAACAGCUAGCAAUGCAACCUGCAUUGGAGUACAGAAUUCUUGCUUUGAAACGUAAUUAUCAAUAAUUGUAAAAUGAAAGUUCCUUUGCAACAACUUCUUUACUCAUUUUUUCAGUCAGUAAUCCAUAAUAGUUGUUUCUCAUGUCGUAUUUACUGGCUCCAGGUUAGAAGUCAGCUAGGAAUUUGUACAGCUGUGGUGGUGAGAGCCUAUGGUGUGGCCUGCUUGGGAGCCUUGAAUCGGCUGUAUGACCAAGGGGUUGGGGACGAAUCAUCCCUAAGAACAUUCAGCCAACAUACUCCUAAUAUUACUUGAGACGUUAGGCUUGAGAACUUGCUUAUGUAAGGCUUUGCUGUCUUUGAUGAGUUGCUCAGAUUGGCACACAUCUACGAAGGUUCUAUAUGCGUAAACAUUUCUAUGCCUACACAAUGUGGAAACCCAUCCGUCCGUCGCAUAAGAUGAUUGCUUUCAAGAUAGGGCUCACAGCAGCGAGCGAAUUGACCUUCGUGCUGUUUCUCACUUAACGCAAAAUAAGCUGCAAGAACACAGUGCAUAUGAAGCUAUCGGCACUUGCUGCGCUGUGUCCCCAUGGCAGAUCACUUUCAAGAUAAGAGCUCCGUAGGGCUGCACCAUACGCAGCUGCUUCCAGAGUAUGGUUGGUGAUGGUUCGAUGUGGAUGGAUAAGGCGCUAAAGAGCGUUAAUUGCUUAUAAUGAUUGGUAUGCAUCAGCACACCUGGCGCAGUAGUUCGCUUGCAUCAUCAAUUCACCUUGUGCCGCCAUUCAUAGCAGUUCGUGUCACCAUAGCACUGUCAUUUAUGCAGUUUAACUUCGAUAUAACGAGGGUGGUAAAGUCAGCAAUUUGCUUCGUUACAUCAAAAUUUCAUUCUAUUGAAAUUGAACUUUUUAUGCAAAUAAGUAGAGUCGCCAAUCGAUUUUUCUUACACGAGAAGUGGCCGCAGAAUUUUCUGAAUUAUUGGGCAAAUGAAAAAAAAGCUAAUUUGGAUGAAAAAACUUCAUUUUGAUAGAUUUGGGAGCUGGCAACAAAUGAUACGGUUUCAUACCACGUACAUGGACGAUAUCUUCUCAGCAGUACAAAUUAAGCGUACAAUUAAGCCACGCUUCCGCAUGUACUUCGGCCCCGCAGCUGAUAGCAUCGCCUCCACUGAAACGAUGCUAUCAGGAAAAGCGCCGGCAGUGGGGAACGACUGCUUUGUCUGCUUCUCACUCCUGAGGGCCAUCAAAACUUGAGAUUGCACAACUUCCAAUACUAAAAGCGUAGUAAGACAGCUUGCAUGGUGCCAUGCCAUCUUGGCAUGCCCACUCUUUGUGCACAUGGCAGAUUACUUCUAAAGCAUGGUGCGCGGCUACGUUUGCGCUCAGCCGCGCUUACAGCCAUGCACAACCACAGCCGAGACGUGCGCCAACUUACCCCCACUCUGCUCCCUCAUUUGUGCUUGAUCACAUUGCCACGGGCUUGCUCCCCUCCCCCUCUUUCCCUUUGCUCUUGUGGGAAGGUGGCACACGUGACGCCACCAUCUUGUCUCACCCUUGCACACUUUCACUUGCACCUAAAGCACACAGUUUGUGGGGCACGAUAGGAUCUUAUCGCACUUGGACUUUAUACGGAAGAUGAUGCAGCUCCACUUUGGCGGUCACUCUUGUCGUGCGGCAUGCAAUUUGAGAAAUGUGUUUGCAAACAGCUGCUUGUAAUUAAAUCAUUUGACCAUCUGCAUCCGCGGAAGUUUCCAUUUAUUAUCUCGGCAUUCCUUUGUGGCGGCAGUGAAAUUACAUUAUAUUGAAAUUGCGCACAAACACACUUCGUUUUUGAAGUUCUAAAUACAUGGUGUUCUAUUAACAAGAGGUUAUGAAUAGUUAAAUACUUCGUUGUAUUGGGAAUUUCGUUAUAUUGAAGCUCGUUAAAUUGAGGUUUAACUGUACUGGUCGGAUCGAGUUUCAUAACAUUGAUAACGACACUGGGUUGCGUGGAGAUAAGCUUGUGCCACAGGGCUCAUGAAUAAUUGGACAACUCCCAGAGGAGUUUCUGCAUUAAUUGUUAUGUUAGUGAUCCACGCACACCAGUAUUGGCAGUGACGCUCUUGUGCUGGCUAAGAUGGCUUCACUGCUUAGUCUGUUUUAGUGACAAAGAAAAAGUCUGCUGCAAACACUUCUUCAGUUAAAGUAGCUGGUGACUGUGCCAAGGCACUUUCAACAGCUUUCAUAUUGUAACUUGAUGCGAGGUUCACUGCAACCAGGCCAGAAGUUCUUUUACGCUUAGCAUUAGCGUGAGAACUCAACUGCAAUACGAAUGGUAGCCAUCUGUGACAUAUCUGUGAAUUAGAUAAUGGCACAUUCGGCUGGUUGCUUUUGAGUGCUUUAGUGUGCUAUGGCACAGUGCUUUACCAUUGGCUGGUCAAAAAGGAGUGCUCAGAACGCAUUCCGCACUUUCAGCCCUGAGCAGUCUUGAGUGUGACGCUCUGAAAAAGUGCCAUGCCCAGGGCUGCUCACAGCUUCAACAUGGGAGUACCAUGGAGCUUUGAUCACAUAGCUGCUGCAAUGUCCGGUGUUGGCGACAUGGCUUGUAGUGGCGGGUGCACGCUGGUGCAUACCUUGUUGGUCCGUUAUGUUUGUUUACAACAGAAGCACUGUUGUGGCCUCCGAUUGCUAUGGCCGAUUGUUGUACGUUUGGCUUGGGCAUACUUCCUCUGGCUUUAAUCUAGAGCGGGCUUGGCAUCAUUCAGAUCCAAGUUGAAACGUAGUAGGAACCAGUCCAAUGUACCACAGGUCAACUGUGACUCCUCGUUUCUGCAGAGAUGACAUUUUUGGUUAGCAGUGACAAUCGGAUCCAACAUGUGUGUUGAGUGUGCAUAACAUUUUUAUUGCAUCAUUGCCCAAAUUUCUCUUGGAACUCUCAUUGAAAGAGACAGUAAAGGCAAAUAAUAAGUGAAAGUAAGCUGAUAGAUUAGUAUUUAGAGUUGUCCAGGGCAUUAUGUUUACCAAGAACAGAGCUUUCAUAAGUAAGAAAAGAACACAAACAUAAGACAGGAUUGAUGCCACUACUGUGAAAAUAUAGCAGUAGUACUGGCUGUCACAAUGUCCCACUGACUGAAGUCACUGACUGAUAAUAUUAUGUUGCAUUUCAUCAUGAAAGAAAAAUGCGGCUAACUUUUUAAAUUUGUAAUUGCAUUUAUAAGAAUGCACUAAUGCUGUCUUUUAAUACAUUUUCAUACAACUCAACCGGAAGGGAGCAUGAAGCCCCUCUCUGAGGCCUGUGUGUCAGAUCAGUCAGCAGCAUAUUGCAGAGCAUGCAUGCAAGAUUGCUGGUGCAGCUACAAGGGAACCCAUUUGUCAUGUGCAACUUGAAUUGCAAAAUAAUUGUGUGGCUUUUUUUCAGUCAGUUUUCUCUGCAACUAAGCCAUCCCUUGCCAUAAAUCAAAUGUUUAGUGUUUUCUCAAAGUGUAAUUUAACAUUAUAGAUUGAUUCAAUGUUUGUCAUUGGUGCCCUUUAAGCAUCGUCAUUCAAAACAUGCUAAAUGACUGAGCUGUCUUCUUUUUUUUGCAUUUCUAAAAGUAACUAAUUUCACUUUGCCAAAGCUUUUGAUUGAAGUUUUUGCCUUCAGGUACAACUUGAUUAAAUCAAGGUUUGACUGUAUCACUGUCAGCAUGAUUGGUUCACAAUGAGUAAUUAGAAGAGGACAAGACCAAGAAAAUAAGUAAUAUAUUGCAGCACGAUGCAAUUCGAGUCAGCUUUAUUUUUAUGUUACAUCAUUUACAAGCGCAUUGACUUUAUUUUGGUGCAACAGUAAAUGCUCUGCACUUUGGUGAGCCGGGUCAUGUUAAACGUUAUGUCACGGGCAUAUGAAAUGUGUUGUUGAACAUGGUUUAACAUGUUUUGUUUCAUAAUUUUGCAUGAGCACUGUUAAAAUUCCUAAGCUGACAUUUCGUUGUGACAUUUCUUUGGUUGAAAGCUUGUGUCUCGGGCUAGGGGGCCGCAAGGUGGUUCUUCGCAAAACUUUAACGAGCACUAUCUCAAGACACUCUGUGUUGUUUUUUUGUUUUUCAAUCUUUUGUAUAGCACCAGUACCUGUUGUUCUCAUGCCUGCCAUAAACAUGGAUGGCACGUCACAUUUGCUCCUAUUUGACUGCAGCUAGAUUUCAGACCAAAGUGGAUCUAAGCAAGUUGCAAGUUUGAAAUAAAUGAAGUACGCAGACAUCUUCCCUGAUGGCACUACUGCAGAGUAGACAGAUGUUGGCAAGAAGAGACUGUGACUGGGCAUAUCUCCACCUGUGUUCAGAGUGUGAGUUUGUGAAAUAUUUUUGUAUAAGGAGUUCAUAGCAGAGCCACAGAUUCCUGUUUCCAACAUAGGUUCCUGUAGCAUUACCAAUUUAUACAUUGUUUUUGUGUGCCUUGAUACUCAGAUGACCUUACCUCUACCUUCUCCCUCCCUCCCCAGGACAGACACAUACACAUAUACAAAGUCUAUGUUUGUACCUCUGUUCCACCUCUGUUCAUUGUGACCUCACUACUGCUGUGACUUACUAUCAAAGUGUGAGCAAGGAGGAAAUGGCACAUAGCACUAAGAAGGAAUCAUCAUUCUGAUAGUACAAUCAUACCAGUUUUUUGCUGGCCUCAGGCUGUGACAUAAUGUUUUUUUACAGUGUAAACUGAUACGGUUGACUUCUGUUAAUUUGACAUCAGUUACUUCAACUUUUCACACAGUUUGAUUGCAAUCAGUAAACUGCAUAAGGCCUUGCACGAAGGAGUAUAUAUUCAGGGUAGAACCUACUAACUUGUCAUUGAGAUUUCAGACAUUGGUUGUUGAUCACUGUGAUAGAAAAUCGACGGCAGGCAUCAUACAAAAUUGUCAGCCGGGCCAAGCAUGCGAACAGCUGAAGCGAGGUUCUGUCUAUUGCAAGGAGAGUGAAGUACUUGUGAGCAAUAUGCCAGUUGCAUAUUGCACUGACAUUCUGCAUACAGUGCACACGGCAAAACAACAGCAAGGGGUGAACACUAGUUGACAUGGGCAUUGUGUUAGCCCAUUAUUUGUGUUGCUUCUAGAAUUUUGAGUUCUAACCAACUAGCUCAUGACUGGAACAUGGAGAGGCUCUUAAUCAUUUACAAUUGCUAGUACUGCAGCUGCUCAUGUUAACAAGCUCUGCCCACAAGUAAGGAGUUGAAUCUGAGCGAAUGAUGGUUCAGUUUGAUGGAGAGCUGUUUAACAGAUCUUAUGGAUUAUGUAUUUGAGUCAUUCUCUCAUGCCCUCUCAGUGUCAGAUUACGAGAAGUCAACUGAUCAGAUCGUAUUUUGGAGUCGUGUAUCUGUCCUGUGCACAAUACAGGUGGAGUAUAGAGAGUAUGUGUCUUUUAUGAGCCUGCGCAACUGUUUGUAGCGCCGCAACUGUAGAUACUGAAGAGUGAUUUGUGUUUAUGAGUUGCAUUUGUUACUGUUCCCCUGCACAGUGUUUCUGUUCAUUGUCAUCAUACUCAGUGAGUGUUGCAUCAUAAUGUGCUGAUGUACAGUCCCUAGGCUAUAAAAAAAAAAACAUCUGCAAUAAUCCAUGUACUAAUAUGUAAUAGCUCAUUGUGCUUUUCAGUGCUUCCCACUAGAGUUUAGAGGGCAAGACUUACCAAAUGGUUCAAGGGCCUGCACGUGUUUUAAUGCUUCUAGACUAUCGUGACUAGUAAAACAAAGAAACGUCUUCCAUGCCUGUAAUGCACAGCCCCAUUACGACUGCUCCAUUUCGCACUUAAUCCGCGCUUUUUAGUUAGGGAACAAAAUGAUUUUUUUAUUAAUUAUCCUCCUGGAAUUGUGCUGCCGAUGUUAAAGGAAGCCUUAAUUUAAGUCACAUGGUAGUUCUUGCGAUGCGCGCUUGUGUUCUUGCUUGUACAGAUUUUCGCUUUCAUUGAUCGGCGGACUACACUACUUACCCUUCUGAGGAACAAACUUUUAUUUUGCAUUUUAAGAGGAAGUUAUUGCUUUUGAAUGGUUGUCUAGCAGAUAUGAAUUGCUUUGUACGACGAAACUCCAUUGGCCUUUUUAGAAGGCAUCUAGCAUUAUUACAUAAUUUGAAAGCUGACCAUUUUGAUACUAUAGCAAGUUUUUCUUUCUUUUCAUAUGAGAAAAAAUAUCUUAUUCCAUUUGUGUGAACAGCCACUGAAUUCUAGCCUCCUCGAUGCUACAACCUGAACAAAUGUCUGUGUAAAUCUUGCAUGAAGAGGCCUACACAUGCCCAUUUAUCAUACCUCAAGUGCAGUUUCUGCAUUGAACCGGACUACUUGUGUACUUCAUACUUUUUGAGUAUAUACUAUAGUGGCACUUAAGCAAAAGUUAUUGGAGACUGAAAAUUUGGUUCAUUCAACUGAAGUUUUGUUUAGGCAAAGUGCGAAGUGUUGUGGAAAUUUGAUAGUUCUAAAAGCACAAAGUGCUGUUGGCAUGACUGAAGUACAAAACAAAGGAUUGAGUUCUAUCACAGAUUCCGGGUGUCUUUUGCACAAACAACAAUCAUGCUCGCGAUAUAUCUUGGAGCAGCCUAGGUUUUUUGCUGUUAAUGCUUUAUUGAUGAGUGUUGCUUAUAGGUAACGUACCAGAAAAACUUGUUUUUCUUGCUAAGUUUUGGUAUUGAGUACAAAGUUUCUGUCCAAAUGUGUUUGACCAACACUGAAUGACAGGUAGCAAGGGUCAUGACUGGUUUAGAGCAGGAACACAAAAUGAGAAAAAGGAAGCUUGGCACGUGACUUGCUUUCUUUUCGAAGCUCGGUAAGGGUAGACAGACUAGCGCAAGAUCUCUGGCUGUAAGGGUGUCAUACACGUGAUGUAAAGCAAAUAAAAUGUAUACCUAUGGUUUACAUACGAUGAGAGCUGCCCGUAAAAAUUCCAAACGAAGCUAUAGGUGUCUUGGAGUGAAGCCCACUUCCUGUUUUCUGCCUGGUGUUUCCUCCCUAUUGCUAAAAAGGUUUCUGCAAAAUAUUUUUUCUUAUUGUGGAAUAUGCAUAUUCUUGAUGUAUUUUGCACUUUUAGAUAGGAAUUAAACAUUUAUUUUUUUCAGUGUACGUAUGCGUUGUGAAUAAAGGGUUAAUUGCUAAUAGUGUGGUAAUCUAUAAUUAUUUGAUGCUACGAGUUUUUCACUUCUGUUUUUAAAAGAUAGCUUAGAAACUUGUGAAAACUAGCAUUUUCUUUCAUUUUCAUUGUUACAGAGCUACAGUAUGGUUAGACACGUAUAGUCAAAAGCUUUCCAGUAGCUCUGUUUAACUAAAUUUCCAAGAAGAAUAGCUAGUUGAGCUGGCAGCAAAAAAUGCCUAGUGCAUAGUAGUUUUCCUUCUUUACAUAAAAGAAUGUGUGGACAUCUGUGCACCUCUGUUUUUGUGAUGUCUAUGUCUGUUAAUUCACUUUGAGGUUAUCUGGCACUAGUAUAGUUUUUUACUUUCAACAAAUACAAAACAAAAAUGAAAAAAAAAUACUUGGAGUGUUCGCAGCUCAAUGUACUAGCCUUCACAGCUGCUGAAAGGCUUGCGUGCAGCUUUACUUGUGUUUGUGGAAUAAUGUUGCAGACAGUGCAAAGUAUGAGCAAGUGUGGGCCAUUUUGCAUGCGGCAUUCAUAGACUUCUCAGAGACUCUCCAAAGGCAUCCUCGAAGCGGUCUUGUCGGCCAUUUCCUGUGCUUAAAAAAAAAAAAAAAUCACUAUCUUUCAUCACUUAUGGUACGCCAAGAUGGCUUCUAUUAUAUCACUUGGAAGACAUAAGCUAUCAUUUUUUUUUUUUGCAAGAAACAGCUACCUGUGUUAGUAUAUUGAUGGAAAAAGAUGCAAAAGAACAUCCGGAAUAGUUGCACGUGAUUGGCUGAGUGUAAGCGUUGCUGUCUGCUGAUCUGGGCACUCUGGUACCAGCUGGCAUUCCCAGGAUGACAAAAACAAUACAAAUCCGUAGUAAGAAAAAAAAAGUGACUGUCACUAAGAGUCUCUUGGGGCAGAUUUUGUUCAUUUACCUCUCACUGUUACAACCUGCCAAGUGCAAUGUAUGGGAAAGUGGCUGUUCACACAAAACCAGUAGUACUGUUGUCACAUGUCUGAUCUGAUGCUAAAACAGCAACCAUGCGCCACUUUAGCACAUGGUUGCAGUAGCAUGCUGCAUCACGACAUGUGCUACUGUCACCUUAUUCAAUGGGUUUCUUCACAUCAUCAGCGUAUUUAUUCCAUGCUGUAAUGGCAGUUGAAUUCCACUUUGUGUGUCUUUCACUUAAAGGUAGCUGCAACACCGACCAUAUUCCAGUCAUCACAGCAUUCGCAAUGCAUAGUGUUAAAUGAAUGUGCUGACACUGAGAAAACAUGCUAUAAUUGUGUCUCACGUAGUUGCCACUUUGGAGCCAUGUCCAACAGAUCAAUUGUGCAACCUUAUGUGUCAAUUUUUAAGCAAUCUCGAGACAAAAGUGUCCUCUCUGAGAUCUUGCAACAUGUAUUUCACAGGAGGGCGGUGUCACAUAACGCUUACGUAAGCUUUCUUUUUUUUUUUUUGCUGCUUGAUACCACACUGCUUAUGCUGUUGCCCGCUUUGGAAUUCUUUCCAUCUAUUGAUUCAUGUGUUUGCAUUUGAUGCUGUGUACAUUCUUGCUGCACAAGUAUGCCUCCCUGUGUUCACUUUUUUUUUCUGGGACAAAGCUACACACCAAAUGCCGGUGUUAGCAGUGGGGCUAAAUCAUACCAUUGCAACAAACUUUCUGUAAUAAAUUUCUUUUUUAUUAUGAGUA